GAUUCCCCCAACAUAUCUUUCUCUGCUGUGGCAGUGCCCACGUCAUAUGCUACUCUUCUGGGCGUCCCUCCUCCUGCUUCCCUUACCGUCGAUCUUCAACCCCUCCCAUUUUUCCACCGUUCGAUUUUCCUUGAAGAAGCUUGUGGACACCAUAAAUCCCCGUUAUUUACGUUCAAAAUUGUUUUUAUUUUUUUUUCUGAAAGAAGCAAGCAGAGCACAAGACCAGUAAUAGUAGCAUUCAGCUGGCUUCUCGUCUGUGUCCAGAAUCCAAAGAUUCUUUCAUAUAAAUCAUUUUUCAACCGGAAAAAUUUUGAACUGAGAGUCGAGACAAUCAGCUAUUCAUUUGGAAUUCUGAACAUUAAUUUUUGUUAGUUGGGGAAUAACAAGGGUUGAUAGAUAUAUUGUUAACUUGUGCGCCUAAGUUUUGAAUUAAUCCGGACUUCUCAUGGGAGUUGUCACUAUUUCUAGCUCUGCCGCCAGAAGUCCAUUGGGGUUGAACGCUAAGUUACCUGCAUCUACAUCUCAGCCAAGAAAACCAUCGAUAUUGUCAUUUAAAACCAGUAAAACAAAGAAUGCUGCUCUGGUUGCGCCUCAGGAAUGUCUUUCUUUGCCUUCAGAGGGAUCUAAAGAUAAUCAGAAGCGACUGAAACGAGCAGUGAAGCGCCCAGAUAGAGUGAAAGCUGUUUCUGUUGAGCAAGCCACUCCAACUACCUUAGAACUUGACUACAAUGAGGCUGCAGCCAAACUUGAAAGUAUAUUCAAGAGAAGUCCUGCAACUUCUGUAUCUGAUGUAGACGUUAAAGACUAUGAAAUAAAGAGAACACGACACAGAAGGAAGGGGACCAAAGAAGCUAAUGUGGACUCUGAGAGGGGGAGUAAAAAUGUUUUGGUAAGGAGUAGGAGGAAGAAAUCACAAAGAUUGAAUCUUGAUGAAAGGAUUGCUUUGAGAAAGGAAAAAGAACUUGGAUUGAUUACUUCAUCCUGGAAAGCAAAACACUCAGAGGAUGACCAAGAAGAAAACAUAAAUAGGCUCAUCAGAGAGUAUUCCGAUUCAACCAAGCUGGCUAGCUUAGACUGGAAGAAGAUGAAGAUUCCACCUGUCCUGCCUUCUUCUGAGCAUGCCUGGCUUUUCAAGUUGAUGCAGCCUAUGAAGGCGAUUGCUGAAGUGAAAGAGGACUUGCAAAACAAGCUGAGCAGGGAACCAACUGAUGCGGAAUUAGCUGAAGCGACAAACAAGGAUGUUAUUCAACUAAGGAAGGACAUCGAAGUUGGUCGAGCAGCUAGAAAUAAAUUGAUCAAGCAUAAUCUGCGGCUUGUUUUGUUUGUAAUGAACAAAUACUUUCAAGACUUUUCAAACGGACCAAAGUUCCAAGACCUUUGCCAAGCAGGGGUGAAGGGACUUAUUACAGCUAUCGAUCGGUUUGAACCAAAAAGGAAAUUCCGCCUCUCAACGUAUGGCCUUUUCUGGAUUAGACAUGCAAUCAUUCGUUCGUUGACACUGUCAAGCUUCACCAAAGUUCCCUUUGGUCUUGAGUCAGUUAGAGUAGAUAUACAAAAGGCAAAGUUGGAGUUGUUAUUUGAACUUAAGAGAAUGCCCACCGAUGAUGAAAUAAUAGAAAGAGCUGGAAUUUCACCAGAAAGAUACCAUGAAGUGACACGAGCAUCAAAACCUAUCCUCUCUCUCCAUGCAAAGCAUUCAACCACCCAAGAAGAGUUCAUCAAUGCGAUUACUGAUGUUGAUGGCGUGGAUGGCGAUAAGCGGAGGCAACCUGCUCUUCUCAGACUUGCUCUCGAUGAUGUGCUUGAUUCGCUGAAGCCAAAGGAGAGCUUAGUGAUAAGACAGAGGUAUGGCCUUGAUGGCAAAGGUGACAGAACACUCGGAGAAAUAGCUGGGAAUUUGAACAUCUCCAGAGAAAUGGUGAGAAAGCAUGAAGUCAAGGCCCUCAUGAAGCUCAAGCAUCCAGCUCGAGUCGAUUACCUUCGUCGUUAUGUUCACUAAAACAGCCAAACUACAUCUCCUUCUUGCUCGGCCUCUGUAUACCACAAUAUUCAAAACACACAAAAUGCACAUAGGGCUUACCCUUGGUACAUAUAUAUUUUUGUCCUCUUCGCCCCUUAAUCUUGUAUUCCUGUUCAAUUACAUGUACAUAAUCAAUGGUGGAGAUGAUUAUAUGCGUUUUUAACAUGCUAACUAUAGUGUAGUACUCUUGUAAUAUUAAUUUACAGUUUUGAAUGACAUAAAUUUACAAUACUACUGAGAUUUUGAAAGCACUUGUGCUAUUUGGAUAAAUAAUGAUAAAUGUGGGUGUCAUGUUCCAAAUUUAGAGUGGAAACACAUAUUAUGCCUUUGAACGUCCUUGCCAUACACAUAACUAUGAAGAGAGGGGAAAUUAUCUGUAUGUCUGUCUACGAAGUGCAGGGGAACUUAGAGAGAAUCAGACUAUUUUGUGUUUGACGAUGGGGGGGGAUCUCGUUAUUCACUCUGAUUCAAUCUUCGAAUUACUUGCAUCAGAUAAUUUCGGGGUUAGCUAAAGCUGUGAAAUGGAGUGCGGUCCGGAGGAAGAAGUAAGAUACUAAAACUGAGUGGAUAAAUGAAUGUCAAAACGAUAUCACAAAUUCACAACACCCGAAAACGAGUUCUCAGGCUAUCGCCAAAAGCUAAUUAAUUUGGAGUGCGAACUUUGAAAAUGAAAGGGAGUGUGAGCUCAAAAUCAGUCCAAGACUCCUACUGCCGGAGAAAUCAAUUCAGGUCUGCUUUUUGUCAGCAGCAAAUCCUAAGUCGACGAGUCUCUUGUGAGCCUUGGCAUCUGCAAAAUAGUGCAUGUUCAUCCUGAACGAGAUUAAAACACCAGUUAGGCACUUAGCCUUGGUUUUCAAUACGAUUAGCAAACAAAAAUGUGGGUCAUUGAAAUUUGAAAAUAGUUUAGUCACUAUAGUGUCGAUCUAUUCAUUAGAUUCAAGGGAGGAGGCGACCUGCAGCUGGAGGUUUAUAAUUGUCCAGUGAUCAGAAGAAGAUAUUAAGAAUUUCAUACAAAAUAGGGGCUCAAAAGAAAAAGGCCAUAUAUGCCCUAAUAUUGGAAGAUACUUCUGAAUAUGAGAUGACAUUACAUGUAAAUGUAGUCAGUAUGGAACCAUCUCUAAAUGUCAGUAAAAACAAUGGGAUAUGUAUAGCUUUAGCAGCAUCAACUUACUCUCCAACAGCCAAAACUUAUAGUACUCCUAGGCAUCAUUAGGUUUUUCUCAGUAACAGAACCUCUAUAUGCUGCCUUAGACCAUUUGGAGUCCUCGGUGACACGCAAACUGCAAGCUUAUAAUUAAAUUAUUCACUACUGUUGUGUAAGCAAUCGGUGACACGCAAAAAGCUUUCACUUUAGCCAUGAAACAUAACUACAACCGAUAGUGGGAAAAAUAGUGUGAAAAAACAGGAAAUUUGGAGACACCAUGGUAAUUAAUGCACUUAAAAGCAGAUUAAUACAUCGUAAAACUACACAAAUUCCAUCUCAUUUUCGCUAUUGAUUGUUUGGGAAACAAAAACACCCACAAAAACAAAAACUUAUGUAGUGCACAUCAAAAAAUAGUCAUCACAAUUGCUG